AUGGUUUAUAGUCGAAGUGAAACAAAUUUAACAAAUAUAUUUAUUAAUUUAUGUACAAGUUCAAAUGUAAUUAAAUCAAAAAAUUUAAAACAAAAUUAUCAACGACGCUAUCCACCAUUAAAACCACUCACCAUUCUACGUUCAAAUUCAUGUUCAGAUCUAAUCACUGACAAACAACGAGACUCAAGUCAAAGUUUAACUGACAAUAUUAAACAUAAGAAAUUAUCAUUUGACAAUCAUUUAUCGUAUGAAAAUCAAAUAAAUAAUAGCUCGACAAUAGACAUUGAUAAAGAGUCUAUGCCAGGUCAAUCUUUAAUUAGUAAUGAUUUUACAUUAUCAGAUUCUUCACAGCAAAAAUAUUCUUUUUCGAUUACAACAGCGUCUCAGUCUCCAUCAUCCCCGAUAAUCUCAAGCGAUUUCUCAUUCAGGAAAAGAUCUUUCCCUGAUAUUAAUGAUGCAGUAGCGUCACUUUCUAUACCUCAUGAUCAUAUUGAUACAACGAGUCAGUUAUCACACGAAACAAAAUCUACACAAAUUAAAAACGACGAUUAUAUAUUUCGUUUACAACAUCGAUAUAAAUCACGAGAACAUUUAAGAAAAGCAUUUCUUUCGUAA